AACGAGCCGAACUAGCCAUGGCCGCAAGCAAUACUACCUCGCGGCCGCCUAAGCAGCACCUACCAGCAGCCACCAAGACAAGAAAGAGUGCAGUCCCGUCCCUUCCCUGCCGCAAGCUCACGCCGCUAUCCCCAUCCUUCCUCUAACAAUGUCCUCCUCGCUCCUCCCCGCCACCUCCGGCGGGGCUCACAUCUGCCCGUCCCCGCCUCGACCCCGCCGCCGCCGAUGCUGCCAAGUAAUCACGGCCGCCUCCGUCCUGCCGCCUUCGGAGGGCGUCGGCCGCCGCGCCGUCUCCUUGGCCGGCGUCGCCUCCUGGUUCGCCACUACCGUCGGACGGGCAGACGCCAGUCCUUUCGACAAGUACGUCAAGAGGAAGAAGCUGGAGCCCUUGGAGACCUACGUUCCAGCUGUGCUGCUCACUCGAGACCAAUUCAUGGAUCUAGAUAAAUCCUUAAAAUUUGAGAAGCCAAGGUACGAUGAGAGCAGAUCAUUACUUCGGUCAGGACCAGCAUCAUCUCUCCGCAUCAACAUUCGAGCAGUGGCACAAUAUGCUUCCAGUAAUGGUCAAGGAAAAGCUGCAUCAGAUGCUGUGGACGAAUGCUUGCGGGCAUUGGAAGAUCUCGACUCGCUGCUACUACACGCAUCACGGAAUGACCCAUCAGCAUCUGUUGAAACCAUGAGGAGCAAAAUCAGCGUUGCCCUUGGAGCAUUAGACAAUCUCUUGCAAACAGUGCCAUCUGCAGUUCUGGAUAAAGGAAAGGCGAUCGCUGAUGCAUACCGGACUCCUGCAGAUGAAAAUGCUGACGUGUUCGAUCCCAGGCUAAAACAACUGGAGGAUAUCCUAUAAGGCUGAAUGUUGUCCAGUUGAACCUCAUGUACUGACUGACUACUUUUGUGAGUGAAACAAAGAAAAAGUUCAGCCCAA